CUGCCUACUUCGUCAAACUCGUCUUCCAUUCUCUCUCUCUCUCUCUCUCCUCUUAAACGCUAUAAACCACCCUCAGUGCCGUCUUCUAUUUCACGAACCCACGUAAAUCCAACUCAACAUACCCCCACCAAGUCGGAAUUCCCAGAGAAAAUUCGUGAUAAUUUUUUUUCCCUGGUAUAUCAUCCACAGACGUAAACUAACAAAAGAAACGCUUCAAAGUACACCCAAGAAAUUCCACACUUUCAAAUCUACACUUCUCAAUUCCCAAACCCAGUGAAGAUUCUAGCUUCUCAAGAACUGCUCGUGUUUUGCUUGAUUAAAGUUUGUUAAAUUUUCAAAUCAAGUCUGAUCAAUCGCCUGCUCGAAUUGUUUGGCUCCUUUUAUCACCCUACUCAAAAUCUCCAACUCUGUUUCUCAUCAACCCGAUCGAUGAAAUUCAGGAUCCGAGGAUUCAAACUCAAGCACCGGGUCACCACACUUUUCCGGUGCAUGUCCCGGGUAAACUGCAUAUCUUCCGGGUACCACCGCCUAGACCCGCCAACACCCAGAUCCAAACCAGUAUCCAAACUCUUCUCCUGCAUCAGGACAACGGUCAAGGCCCUCUGCUCCACUUCCCCGGGCCGGCUUUCGGGUCGGAGCUACGCGCCUCUGGACAAGCCAGUGGCGGCGCCGAAGGGGAAGCUGGCCGUGUACGUGGGACAGAAAGAUGGUGAUUUCCGUCGGGUAUUGGUGCCGGUGAUAUAUUUUAACCACCCCUUGUUUGGGGACUUGUUGAGGGAGGCGGAGAAGGAAUACGGGUUCGAUCACCCGGGCGGUAUCACAAUCCCUUGUCGCAUAUCGGAGUUCGAGAGUGUCAAGACCCGGAUCGCAGCCGGGCGCGGUUGCCGGAAGUUGCUGACGUGGAGGAAGGGGUCUUGAGGUUGGAAUGGAAGUGGUUUUAUUUUAGUUUCAUGAGGAUGAUGACGAUAAGACAUGAUCAUGGGUAACGGCAUACGCCCUGGUCGUACGACAAUGCUGAGACACAGCCUGACAGCGCGACAAAUUCGGGCACAGAUAAAAAAAUACUUUUAUUCAAAUUUGUGGGGUUUUAUUUGUGUCCGUAGCAUUUUACGAGCGUUUUUAUUUAUUUUAGAGUCUUGUAGGAGGGGUUUAGAUAAGUUCAUAGAAUCAUAGGAGUGUUUGUUUUUUGUUUUUGUUUUUUUUUUUUUUUAACUUUUUGAGCUUAAUACAUGGUCUAUUAAUUAGACAAAUAGAUGUAAAAAUAUGUAGAGAUUUUUCCUUCGUUAAAUUUUUCUUUAUUCAGGAUUUUAGUAGCCAAGAGAACAUUCCUUUGUGGUUUGGGAUGAAUAAGAAAUGGACCAAUUCGGUAAGCUCA